AUGCUCCCGCUCUGCAAGCACGCCCUGUCGCGCGUCCCGCGCCUGUCGCGCUCGCUCGCCACCCCGGUCAGCUCGUCGUCGUUCCCGCCCGCGCCUCAAAAGAGCUACAGCGCCAUCACGCCGCCGUACCCGCGCUUGCUCGAGCAGCUCACCAAGGUCCGCCAGGUCCUCAACAACCGCCCCCUGUCGCUCGCCGAGAAGAUUGUGUACUCGCACCUGGUCGACGUCGAGGAAGGCCUCGCCGGCGGCGACCCCAUCCGCGGCGAGAAGCACCUCAAGCUCCGUCCCGACCGUGUCGCUCUCCAAGAUGCUUCGGCGCAGAUGGCCAUCCUCCAGUUCUCGACGUGUGGCCGCCAGUCGACUGCCGUGCCUGUCUCGAUCCACUGCGACCACCUCAUCUCGGCGUACGAGGGCGCCGAAGCCGACCUCAAGCGCUCAAUCAUGAGCAACCAGGAGGUGUUCGACUUCCUCGAGAGCGCGUCCAAGAAGUACGGCAUCGAGUUCUGGGGCCCGGGCAGCGGCAUCAUCCACCAGAUCGUCCUCGAGAACUACUCGGCACCGGGCCUCCUCAUGCUCGGCUGCGACUCGCACACGCCUAACGCCGGCGGCCUCGGCGCCAUCGCCAUCGGUGUCGGAGGAGCCGACGCCGUCGACGCCAUGACGGCGACGCCGUGGGAGCUCAAGGCGCCCAAGUUGAUCGGCGUCGAGCUCAAGGGCGAGCUGUCCGGCUGGUGCUCGGCCAAGGACGUCAUCCUCGAGGUCGUCGGCCGUCUCUCGGUCCGCGGCGGCACGGGCUCCAUCAUCGAGUACUACGGCGAGGGAGUCGAGCGCAUGGGUGCGACGGGCCUCGCGACCAUCGCCAACAUGGGCGCCGAGAUGGGCGCGACGACGUCGACGUUCCCGUACUCGGCCAACAUGCGCCAGUACCUGCACGCGACCAACCGCGGCCCUGUCGCCGACGCCGCCGACCAUGCCCAGGCGGCGGGCCUCCUCAGCCCGGACGCCGGGUGCGAGUACGACCAGCAUCUCACGAUCGACCUCGCGACGCUCGAGCCCAAGCUCAACGGGCCGUUCACGCCCGACCUGAGCACCCCGCUCGGCCGGUUCGGCGACCUCGUCAAGGAGAAGGGGUGGAAGGACGAGCUGAGCGCGGCCCUCAUCGGCAGCUGCACCAACUCGUCCUACGAGGACAUGGCUCGUGCGGCGAGCAUCGCGAGGCAGGCCAAGGCCAAGGGCCUGUCGGUCAAGAGCUCGUUCAUGGUCACGCCUGGCUCAGAGCUCAUCAACGCGACGAUCGAGCGCGACGGGCUCAAGGCCGACCUCGAGGCGGUCGGCGGGCAGGUCCUCGCCAACGCGUGCGGGCCCUGCAUCGGUCAGUGGGAGCGGUCCGAGAAGAAGGGCGAGGAGAACGCCAUCUUGACGUCGUUCAACCGCAACUUCAAGGCGCGCAACGACGGCAACCGCCUCACGAUGAACUUCCUCGCCUCGCCCGACAUCGUCACCGCCAUGGCCUUCUCGGGCAAGCUCAGCUUCGACCCUCGGCACGACACGCUCCUCGACUCGGAGGGCAACCCGUUCAAGUUCGACCCGCCGACGGGCGACCGCCUCCCGCCGCAGGGCUACCUCGCCGGCAACACGACCUACCUCCCCGAGGCGACGCCUGCUCCCGUUCCCGAGACCCCUCUCGCCAUCUCGCCGACGUCGACCCGCCUCGAGCUCCUCGAGCCGUUCGACCCGCACUUUACGGCCGCCGAGUUCACCAACCCGGCCAAGAAGCUCGAGUUCGAGGACCUGCGCUGCCUGUUGCGCAUCCGCGGCAAGUGCACGACCGACGAGAUCUCGGCGGCGGGCAAGUGGCUCAAGUACAAGGGCCACCUCUCCAACCUCGCCGAGAACACGCUCAUCGGCGCGACCAACGACGAGACGGAGCGGGUCAACUCGGCGAUUGACUUCGAAACGGGCGAGGAGGGCACCAUCCCCGAGGUCGCCAAGAAGUACAAGGCUCGCGGUCAGCCCUGGAUGAUCGUCACCGACCACAACUACGGCGAGGGCUCGGCUCGCGAGCACGCCUCGCUCCAGCCUCGGUUCCUCAACUGCAAGGUCAUCCUCGCGCGCUCGUUCGCGCGCAUCCACCGCACCAACCUCACCAAGCAGGGCGUCCUCCCGCUCACUUUCGCCAACGAGGCCGACUAUGCGCUCGUGAGCGCCGGAAACUCGGUGCGCACCGAGGGCCUCGACGCGCUCCUUCGCGGCGACCUCGACGCGAGCGUGCACGUCGUCGUCAAGGGCAAGGACGGCAAGGAGACGCGCAUCGAGACGGUGCACGGCCUCAGUCGCGACCAGGUCGAGUGGAUCCGCGAGGGCUCGGCGCUCAACCUCAUCAAGCGCAAGGCGGCCGAGGCGGCGCAGUGAGCGUUGCAGGGUCGGUGUGUCGGUCGUGUGGGACCGGGUCGUCGCCGGCGUCGUCGUCGUUGGCCGGAGGAGGAGGAGGAUAGAGCUGGCUCUCCCUUGUUGUCUAGAUUUCCCUCGUGCUCUGUCUCUCUUGGGUUCACUGCACCUUGCAAAAUCGCACGUUCGACUGCGUC